CCGCCUCCUCCCCAACAACCGUCGCCUCCCGCCGCCGCCUCCUCCGCAACCACCUUCGCCUCCCGGGUCCGCCGCCUCCUCCCCAACCACCUUCGACUCCCAGAUCCGCCGCCACCGGCUCGCCCUCAAGGAGAUGACACCCGUCAAGGAGCGGUCCUCGCCGACCACAGCUCGGUGUCCGUCGGGGAGAGCACCAGUCGGAGCUUCAUCGCUGACCGGGGUGACCCUCUUCCUCCUCCCAUCGAGAUCUCGCCCAUACUACUGCAGGUCAACUACGCCUCCACAUGAUGUUCAUCGGUCAGAGCUAUAGCCAAAUUCGUCAUUCCGUGCAGUUUUGGUCCGCCGGCGUGCUUGCCUUCCAGCCCGCCCCCCUCCAUCGAGAUCCAGCCCUCAUCGCCGUUGACGUUCAGAGCCGCUUCCCUCGGGACAUCAGUACUAUAGGCUUACAUGACCUGCGCUCGCGUUUGGGUAUCAUUCCGCACGAUCCAACACUUUUUCAGGGUACAGUAAGAUACAAUCUAGAUCCUCUUGGGCAAUUCUCAGAUCAACAAAUAUGGGAGGUUCUCGACAAAUGUCAACUUCUUGAAGCUGUCCAGGAAAAGGAACAGGGAUUGGAUUCACACAUUGUGGAAGAUGGGUCCAACUGGAGUAUGGGCCAAAGGCAACUCUUCUGUCUGGGACGUGCACUUUUGAGAAGAUGCCGCAUCUUAGUUCUUGAUGAAGCCACAACCUCUAUAGACAAUGCAACAGAUGCUGUCCUUCAGAAAACGAUCCGGUCAGAAUUCAAGUAUUGCACUGUUAUUACAGUUGCCCACCGUAUACCAACAAUUAUGGACUGUGAUAUGGUACUUGCAAUGAGCGACGGGAAAGUAGUGGAGUAUGACAAACCUACAAAGCUCAUGGAAACUGAAGGAUCUCUCUUCCACAAACUGGUGAACGAGUACUGGUCAUACACAUCGAACGGAAAUAUUUAGAAGAGACUGUCAAUUUUGAUUGCUUACUGGCUGCAGCUUUCCAAGAGAUAAAAGAUAGGUCAUCUUUUAGAAAAUAGUUCUAUGGUUGAAGACAUACAGUAAUCUGUGCUUCCUCAGAGGAUUCCAUCUGUUUGGAAUCCGAAGAAAGACAGUACUAUCUGUCUGUUAUUGUCUGGAAAUUUCUUUUGCUACCAGAAAUUCUGUGAAAUA